ACACUGCUAUCGAUCCACUCAACAAGUUGCGUUCGUUUUUGUUGUGUGUGUCUGGUGGAGAUUCUCUUGCAUAUCCUCCAAUCCCUCUCCCUCUCUCAUUCUCUCUCGCAAUCACACACGCACAAAACACAAACUCAUGUACACUCGCAUGGCAAGAUCAGCUCUUGCUCAUUCCCUCCUCACGUUCCUCCUCUCCCUCCCUUUCGUUCCUUCGCAUGCCUCGUCUCCCUCGAGCACCUUCCUCUUCGGCGGAUGCACCCAGCAACGGUUCGCGCCCGGCUCGGCUUACGAGUCGAACCUCGACUCGCUCCUCACCUCGCUCCUCAACUCGGCCACCUACUCGUCCUACAACAACUUCACUGUCGAGGGUUCGAGCCCGCAGGACGUCGUCUAUGGCCUCUACCAAUGCCGUGGCGACCUCUCGAUGCCGGAUUGCACCAUGUGCAUCACCCGCGCGGUGACCCGAGCCGGCGAGCUGUGCUCGAAAACGUGUGGCGGGGCCGUGCAGCUCGAGGGUUGCUACGUGAAGUAUGACAACGAUUCGUUCCUCGGAGUGGAGGACAAGACCGUGGUUAUGAAGAAAUGCGGGCCCUCGGACGGGUACGAGGCCGGGCCCAUGGGCCAGAGAGACGCGGUGCUGGCUAGCCUGGCGAGUGAGGGCGGGCUGUACAGGGCCGGUGGGUCGGGGGAGGUGCGGGGCUCGGCACAGUGCAUCGGGGAUUUGAGCGCGGGGGAGUGUCAAGACUGCCUGUCGGAGGCGAUCGGGCGGUUGAAGAGCGAAUGCGGCACGGCGGUCUUCGGCGACAUGUUCUUGGCCAAAUGUUACGUGAGGUAUACGACCGGUGGAGCUGGACAACAAGUGUAUCCUCAAGCCCAUGAGGGUAAAAGCACCGAUGAGGGAUCAAAGGCAUUUGCCAUCAUUGUUGGGUUAUUAGCUGGAGUGGCUCUCCUCAUCAUCUUUGUCGCCUUCAUAAGAAAAGCAUUUGAAGCAAAUGGUAAGUGACUUUGCCAUCUCCUCCAAUCACAAUCUCAAACGCUUUGCAUUGCUCUUGCUUUUGAGUGGCACCCCCUUUUGCUUCUUUCUUUCCUUUUCCUCCAUCUCGAUGGCUGCUUUUCCCAUCACAUUGACCCUUUUGAGUAUUGGCUUCACAUGCAAAUUCUCCCAAAAAGCAAAAGAUGCAGAAGCCUACGGAGGGCUUUGUGGACUUUGGGAAAGAUGGGAAAGAAUGAUGAGUGUAUCAUGUCACUAUACAUUUUAGUGAAAGGGGCUAAAAAAGAUGAAGGCUUUGCUCUCCACUUGAUAUAAAGUUGCAGUGUCUCAUCUGGCAGUGGAAGAGGACAUGUCCUUUUAUGCAUGGUGUUUUGUUUACUUUUGUAUUAGACCCAUCCCUUGUAAACUAUUGCUUAUUGGUUGUGUAUAUGAGGGGAUAAAUUUAUGAGUUCUAUGGUGUAUGUAAGUAAUGCAAUUGGAUAUUUUUUUUA